GCUAGUACGAUUUAAAUAUUUUUUGAAGAUGCGCAUUGUUUAUACAGCGAUUCUCGCUUUCCUGAUGUGUGUUCUGAGCAUCGGAAAUUCUGCUCUAGCCUCCAGUCUCGAACAUGAUUUGAGAGAAGCUGCUGUCGAGACUCAAAUCCUCAUCAACAAGGCCGACGUACAAUCUCUCAUUAAAUUAAUUGAAGUAAUUGAGGUGAAUAAAAUUUUACCUGAAGAGGAUCUUCCAAAGUGGCAUGCAUAUGCUGUUCAGUUGAAAUCUUGGAAUGUUACCAUCGAUAAAGAUUAUACUAAGCCCCAACGCAGUCUUAUGCCAGAGCCAGGACCAGAAGAGUAUAGAAAAUUAGAUGAAUAUUCGAAUGGUGCCUACUCCAAAAUUGUAUCCGAUCUACGUAAACUCACCGCUCAAUAUUAUACGGCUUUCCAGAUUAAAGCAUCUAAUAUUAUAAAUGCAGCAAAAGAAUCCGGAUAUUCCAAUAGCAACGUGGACAACAUAUUUGCCAAAUUGUCUACGUCAGAAGGCGAUCAACAACAAUCCUAUUUCGAUAUUUUACUAUUUUCUCUAACUAGGGGUGAAACAAAAUGAAAAAUUUUAAAAUAAAAUGAUUGAUAUUAAUUGAUCGCACCAUUAGCCA